ACCAACUUUAUCCCAGUUCUCAAAACUACCGUUAGCUCUCUAUAACUUGGUGCAGACAAAUAGAACAGCACUUCAUUCACGAAUGACAUUUAAUCGUGAUCGUUUUCUAAAGUAUGCCACCGUUGGUGUGAAGUGCUUUCGUUUUGCUGGAGGUAAACAACUAACUUAGUUAACAGUGUGACGAGGGGUGAACGCAGACAAAACGUUUUACAGUGGAUGGGAAAGGCUCCCGCAUCAUAUUAUAGUUGCUGUCUCCAAAGAUGAAUGAGUCGGUGAAGGGCUGAUGAUUUGAGCUGUCAGUGUGCGAUAAACACAACGUAAAGUGUUCGAUUUCGUCCACCGAAGCUGCGCAGAUUUAUCGGCGCAUGACAUCAAAGCACCGCGAGUUACAUCCGUGUAACCCGUGACGCAUUAAAAGCGGUUUGAUGCGGGAUUGUCAGCUGGCAUGAUCAUGGGGGAUCAGUUUGUCAGAGAAGUCUUCAGCCUGUGUUUGCAAAGGCUUGCCAUAGAAGAAGCUACAAGCUGUGAACUCGAGUUCAUUGAAGUGGUGAAGAACUUUGAGGCUGUCCGGAAAAAAUGGCUGCAUGCAGAGCUGGAACUGAAGAAACACAAAGAGCUCCUGGUGAAGUCAGAUGUGGCUCGAUCCGCUCUGGAGGUCAAACUCAAACACGCUCGAAACCAGCUGGACGUGGAGAUCAAGAAACGGUACAAAGCAGAAGCGGACUACCAGUGCCUGGAGCGGCAGAUGCAGUUGAUAUGUGACGUGCUUGUGCAUGACAGCAAAUCAAGUGCCUGUCUCAAUGAUGAACAGAGGUCAAUGCUGACCAGCUUCAGUCACAAAGGAACCAGCGUCCCACAGCCCAGAGGAAAACGGUUAUCUGUGAUUGAUGAAUCCUCCUUCCUGUCUCAUUCUGACAUCAGUUAUGACAGAACCGAUGAUGAUUUGGAUUUGGACAGCACUGCAUUUGUUAAGCCUCUCAAGUCAAGGGCUCGUGAGAGAAGACGUUCAUCAAUGGGCCCAUGUGUUGGUCCUCCGAUGCAGAAACGGGGAAGAGUCAGCAGCCGUUCAGGAGAUCUUUUGGGAUCAAGACCGUUGGAGAAGGAAAUCGAGACGACCAUCGUGAAGGCGUCUGUCACCACUCCAGAGAGCGGAGGUCAGAUUCACAUGGUAAUAGACAUAACCCAGGAGACUCCAGAAUAUCCAUCCAGAGCUCUCAGAAAUGCACAUUUUCCAUCUGUUGCUGAGCAAACGUCCGUGUGGGCACCUAGUGAAGCAACAGAAACUGAGACGAUUGUUGAAAUGGAGGUGACCACCCCAGAGCCCGGACUCCUUCAGGACUUCACACCCACUGUGGAUAAGACUCUCCAGCAUGUGUUCCAACAAAAAACAGUGAUUCGUCCUGAGACAUGCACACCGUGUGGAAAGAGGAUUCGCUUUGGGAAGAUUGCAGUGAAAUGCAGAGACUGUCGAGUGGUGAGCCACCCUGAUUGUAAACAUCUGUUUGUUGAGAAGUGUUGCCCUACAGCACAUGGUUCAGCUCAGCCCAAUGAGGAUACGUUAGAGAGUUUCGCUCCCGCCACACGUCCACGGAUUCCCUCUCUGAUAGUUCAGUGUGUUCAUGAAAUUGAGAGAAGAGGACUUGAAGAGAAAGGUAUUUACAGAGUUCCAGGAAGUGAACGGAUUGUGAAGGAACUGAGGGAGAAGUUUAUGUGUGGGAAAAGUCCAUUGAUGCUCCACAAGGUAGAAGAGAUUCAUGCUGUCUGCGGACUCCUUAAAGACUUCCUGAGGAAACUAAAGGAGCCGCUCGUAACAUUUAAGCUUCACAGGAGAUUUAUGGAAGCUGCAGAGAUGGCAGACGAAGACAAAAGCACAGAAAUGUUGUUACAGGCCAUCAAAGAGCUGCCGCAGCCCAACAAGGACACGCUGGCCUUCCUCGUGCUGCAUCUGCAAAGAGUUGUGCUGAGUCCGCUGUGUCACAUGGAUCAGAAUAAUUUGGCUAGAGUGUUCGGGCCCACCAUCAUCGGACACGGGCUGCUUGAACCCUCUCCCAUGACCAUUAUGAGAGACACGAACACUCAACCUAAAGUAGUGGCACGGAUGCUGUCCUUCCCCUCAGAUUUUUGGGAAGGUGUUCUAGCUGAGGACAAAGAUCCAGUCAUCCCUCCUGUGGUGGAUUCGCAUAUCAGCAGUGCUGGUCCCAGCACAAGCAAAGAUAAGAUCUUCAAACCUCUGACUUCUCCUGAGUUGAGUAAAUACAGUAAAACUACAUCUAAUGGCUCAAUCAAGGGUCGAAUCAAGCAUUUUGGUGCCGCUUUUAAUAACCCAAGCAAACCAAGAAAUGAACCAGGAAAAAAGAAAUUCUUCACAUCCCCCAAAUGAUUUAUUGUGCGUGGAGGGUCGUUGCACAGGGACAUUUUGUUUUGGUAUCUUGAAAGUCUUUUCUACCACUGGUAAUAAAGCACUGUAGCACUUUAAAAAUCCUACAUAUAUAAAAUAACAAAAAAAAAUACUGUAAAUAGUCUGUCCAGAGAGAAUCAUGAAGAGACUACACGUUUUGUUUUCUAUUUAUAAGUAUCAAAAUUGUCCACGGGUGAAUGAUGCAUUAAUAUACCAAUAAACAAUGAAUUCAUGUUUUGUCUAUGAAUUUUGCAUAAUAACCAACUCACAACUUCGCUAAAGUUUGUUUUACGAUUUAAA